AUGCCACAGAGGGAGGCCAGAGGGGUACCAGCAAUGCCAGGAUUGGGGCAUAGCCGGGUUAAGGCCAAAGCACGGUUGCUGCCAGGCACCAACAGGAAGAGGAGCCGCCUUAGCAGGACAAGGCAGGACCUGUGGGAAGAGCCCAGCUGGAGUGACCAAAGAUGGUGCAGAUCUUCCCCUACCCCUCGAGGGGCCAGAGCUAGAAGCCCGGCUCGUGGCAGGAGUGAGGCCAGCCCUGAGAAUGCAGCACGGGAGCGGAGCCGAGUAAGGACGCUGCGCCAGGCCUUCCUGGCCCUGCAGGCUGCUCUGCCUGCCGUGCCGCCUGACACCAAGCUCUCCAAGUUGGAUGUGCUGGUGCUGGCCACCAGCUACAUUGCUCAUCUCACCCGCACUCUUGGCCAUGAGCUGCCCAGCCCUGCCUGGCCACCCUUCCUGCGUGGACUCCGCCACUUGCACCCUCUCAAGAAGUGGCCCAUGCGAUCUCGUCUCUAUGCUGGAGGUCUGGGAUGCCCUGGCCUCGACUUCACCACAGCCAUUGCCUCCUGCCAAAGAAUGAGGGAUGAAGAGAUGGGGUCUCAAGUCUCUGGAGAGGCAGAUGUUCUUCUUCUUACCAGGCCACCCUCACCAGCUCUUGGUGACAAAUGACUACUAUCACACUCAUCCUGUUCUCCUAGACCAUGCUUAGGAACCUGAGUUUUCUACCAGCGCCUACCCAUCUUCUCUCUAACUCUCAGCCAUUGGAUUUGACUCUGGCUCAAYUUCCAAGGUCUAGUCUGCAGACUAAGUGAAGCAGCAGUGGAGAGUUCCCAGGGAGCACAGAAUAGAGAGCCUCACCCUUGGCUCUUCUGUGGCAGCUACAAGGACGUGGGCGAAGAAUGGGUUUGACUUGGUUCAAAGUCAAGUGAGGCACCACCCYUCCUUUCUCUCCCCUAAGGCUCCUACAAAUCCUCUGCACACAGGUAGAAGACAAAAAUCAUGGCGCAGGUGCAGAAGGAGGGGCCAAGAUGGCAGCUGCCACAGGUGCUGAUGGGAAAGCCAGGGGGCUUCAUAGGUUCUUGGUAGCUUUAAGUGUGAAAAGACCUAGGCCCGUGUCACAUAGCCAGAGGGAAAACAGAAGAAAGAAAUAUGCUUUUUUAUAUGGCACUGUGAGAUGAUUACCCAACGUCAAAGAGGCAGUGAGGAAUUUAGGAUUCUUGUCUCUGGAUGCUGUGUCUCUCCAGCUGCCCCUCAUCACUACAUUUUCUCCCUCUCUGGGUUUUGCAUCCUUCCACUGUUUCUGUUUUGACAAGAGUUAUAUCUACAGGUUAAGACAUAAAGCUUACAUUGCUUACGUUCCAGUUUCUGGAGAAAGUUUUAGAUAGUCCCAGCUGUUUAGUUUGAGAAGAUCUUACCCCAGAGGCAACUCUGUCUUAACGGAACCAGGYAACCAUUCAAGGCCCUGCCUAUGCAGGAUGCUGAUAUGCCCAUUUAAAUCCUCAAAGGACCUUAAAAAAAGAAUGUGUAUCAACCCCCUUUCCAGGGGUSGAUCCUUACAGUCUCCUCUUUCCAUUAUGUCAGAAACCUUACCUCAAAGGAAAACAAGACAGGUCCAGGGUCAGCGGGUUCCCAGUGCUGUUAUUGUCUGAGGUUUCAUUGACUCUGGAGUUAUUUCUACAAUCAGUCUGUAAAUUAGCUCCCUAGGCCAGAUUCUCUCACAGCCAUCAUCCCACCAGGCUGUCCCUAAGUCCUWCCUUGAGAUGCCAGAAAUGUGAUAGCUCUGUAAUAGAAUUCAUCACUGGUCCCGAAGAAAUAAUUUGAAGACUAAUCACAGAGUCUACAUACAGAGAUGAACUUUCUAGGUCAGAAGAAGCUUCAAAGCCAGCACCUGAAGUGCAAGCAGGGAAGGAACCAACUUUUUGAUAAAGUUCAGCAUGUAGGCAGACUUAAGUCCCAACAGGGUAUGGUUAGUCGCAAGCCAUCACUGUCCUCAUGAGUGUAAAGGUCUGGGGCGGCUGGGAAGAACUGGGGUCGGUCCUCCACAGAGCUGGCUGGGAGCAGGGAAUAGUGGGCAGGAGUGACUCAGCAAGCUGGGGUGGAGGUAGGAAAGGAGACACAGUACGUCCCAGCCUGAACCACAUGGGAUGUGGGAGCAGCUGGACUGUGGCGGGGAGCCAUGGGAGGAGGCCUCAGCCAAGGCUGAACACAUAAAUCUGCCUGGAACCCUGUCUCUGCUGAGAAUCCUGCAGAGCUUGUGCAGAGCUGCUUCUGGGCAGCUAGACGGGGCCAGGCAGGGCAGAGACCAGGUGUGGGAGGGCGAGAGCAGUGUUCUUCACAAGACCAUAAAAGUCCAGCUUGAGUGUUCUAUUUUUAAAGCUGAAUAGCAGCAUCUCCCUGGUUGAGUUGGAGGGGGUAAGAAAGGUCUCCAAUGAAUUUCCUCCUGAAGAGUGGCACACAGUCUCUUUCUGGGCAUGAAGGAACUGGUUUUGGAGUUUUAUUCUGGGGUUCCCUGAGACCCUGGAACUUCUAAUAACUGAGUAGACUUUGAUCUGGAGUUUUCCCUGCCCCCACCUGGCUCGGACUCAAGCCUUUGCCUCAUAUCAUCAGACUCUGGGUGACCAUGUCACCCUGGUAUAGAAGACAAAGAGGGCAAAGGGAUGAACCUGGUGAGUCUGAAGAAGGGCAGGUUCCAUCAGGACAGUUUCUAAGGCUGUCUCAAGCCCUUUCUAGGCAAAGUUGUUUUCCUUAGUGCCCAGGACAAUCCUUUGUGGUCUGGGGGUCAUCUUCCUCAGCUGGACAUCCAACACAGUCAGGCCAGGGAGCCAAAGGAAUGCUCAGAGGAUGACCGUCCUUGCCCUCCUUGAUGAGAUGAUGCUGGCCUUGAGGAAUAUCAGGUUGCAGACCAGAAUCCAUGAACCACCCAGAACCAGGUGUAGCCCCUUUGCCUCUGCAGCAGAGCAGGUGGUGUUUAUUCUAGAAGCUAGGGAGCAUGGGUGAAUGAAGUGCUGGAGGCAGCAGAGGCAGCUGAGAUCCAGGUCCAGAAGAUUUUGUUCCCUAACAGCAAAGGUAUGCAGGAAAGAAGCUGCUAUGUUCUAAUAAAACCCACUUGUUCAAGUAUUAUUUAUGGCUGCCUUCCUGAUACCAAAGCAGAGCUGACUAACCCAGACAGACUGAGAAGCCUAAAAUAUUUACUCUCUGGCCCUUACAGAAACAGACUGCUGACCUCUGCUCUAUCAGGUAUCAAAGGUAUCAGGGGUAUUCAAAAUCUGUUCUGGAAACCUUGGGGGGCCAAAUAUA